AUGUCGUCCACGCCAGCCGAGGGGCCUGCGGGCCUGCGCAAGAAUGGCAAGCAGUGGCACACCCCCAAGAAGGCCUUCCGUCCCACCGCGGGCCUAACCUCCUACGCCAAGCGGCAAGAAACCCGCAAGACCCAGGAAGCUGUCAAGGAGCGCGAGCGUGAGAUGAAACAGGAGAAGGAGGCCGAGCGACAGGCCCAGAUUCAGCGCAUCCGCGAUCGCCGGGCGGCCAAGGAGGAGAAGCAGCGGUACGAGAAGAUGGCCGAAAAGAUGCACCAUAAGCGUGUCGAACGGUUGAAGCGACGGGAGAAGCGCAACAAACUGCUCAACUCAUGA